AUGGGAAAGAAGAUAAACGCCUCGCGGUUCUAUCUCGAAUACAAGGGCCACACCAUCUCGGACGUCACCGCCUUCCGCGAAACCAUCAUCUCGCAACGACCCACGGCACCCAUUGUAUAUCUGGCGGGCGAUUCGUCGCUCGACAACAAGUACUGGCUUCCAUCCAGCUCUCCUGGCGGCGAGCCUUUGCCCGCCGAAGUUCCAGAAAUAUACAAGUUCGCCCUCGAGCCGCCCCAUCCAAAGCCUGAUGUCGCUUUCUGGCUCAAUCAUUUCCUGGGCAGCCGAGCCACGGCGCUCAAUCUCGCCGUCGAAGCCUCCCUGCUUCGGGAGCGAGACGGGGACCUCCUAGCGCAUGACACGUUCAUCAGAGAUCACAUCCGUGCCGACGACUUUCUCGUCGUAUCAGUAGGCGCCAAUGAUAUCGCCAUGAGACCCAACCUGUCCACCAUAUGCCACAUGCUGCUGCUUGCAUGGCUGACACCGACGUCUCGGGUCCGAAAUGGCACGGCCUGUGCGCUUCGCUACUUUGUCAACAUGUUCAAGACGCAGGUUGAGAAGUAUGUGUGCAAGCUGGUGGAAAAGCACAAACCCCGCGCUGUCAUCGUUUGUAUGAUUUACUUUCCUCUCGAGGCACAGGCAGCGAACCAGCCAAGCUGGGCGGAUAUUUCUCUCGGGGCCCUGGGCUACAACCGAUGGCCCGGCCGGCUGCAGGCAGCAAUCACCACCAUGUAUGAAGUCGCGACAAAGAAGGUUCGGAUCCCUGGCGUGUCCGUGAUUCCACUAUCCUUGUCUGAGGCUUUGGAUGGGAAACUUGGCGGAGACUACGUCGAGAGGGUGGAGCCGAGUGUGGAGGGCGGUCGCAAGAUGGCAUCUCGACUGGCUGCCAUUAUCGACCCGUUGCUCGAAACUGUCGAGUAA